UUUUUUGUUAUUUUUUCUGUCGUUAAUAAAUAAUUAAAUAAAUACACACGCAACGGCUACUACAAGUGGCCGUUUUUCCCAGAGUCUUCGAAGGCAUCACCCUAUCGCAGCCUCCCCGUCGCACCUCUCAGGUGUCUGCCGGGCCGGGCGGCUUCACGCAGUCAGCGACGUCCGUGGAGAAAUGAACGCACGGCGGCAUGGCGGACAGAGACAAGCGCAAAGCCACGCCGCCGUCCGGCCGCAGCAUCCAGGUGAACUCUACGGCCAGCUUCAGGCUGACUCAUGACAUCAGUCUGGACGAGUUUGAGGAUGACGACCUCUCCGAGAUUACGGAGAUCACCGAUGAACGAGGGAUGAGCCUCAACUGCAAUGGCCCAGAUAUAAAAGGCCGUGUGAGGCGGGCAACCAGUAGCAUGGCGGGGAGGGUGGAGCUGGGAGCAGUCGGCCAGCUUCAGGCAGAGAUGCUCCAUUUGGACCUCAUUGACGGUGCUGACGGUUACCGCGGUGAUAAAGGGUCUUCGAAGGCAUCUGCUGUUGCAACCGCGUCAGUCACCAAGGACUCUGGCGCACCUGUUACCAUGGAUACUUACCGGCCCAAGAGACCUACGACCCUUAACCUCUUCCCGAUUGUGCCACGCUCACAGGACACAUUAAACAACAACUCAUUCGGGAAGAAAUACAGCUGGCAGGAAAAGGUUUCAGGCUCGACCUCUCCCCUCAAAACAGGCGACCUCACACCUCCACGAGAGCACCGCUGUCUGAGCGACGAGGACAAGCUGCAAACCGGGGCUGCGCAGACCAAAGACAGAGGGACCUCCACCGACGCCCCCUGCAGACACAGCCACACCUCGGGGCGCUCGCACGGCUCAAGCUCAGACGCUGCAACGCGCUCCAAGCUGCAGGAGAAACCGCCCCAACCACCCCCGCCACAGAACUACAAGCCAGCCCCUCUGUACCCAGUGGGUAAGACGGACAGCUCGGGCCAACGGGAAAAGAUUUGCUGCCAGGCGGAUGUUCACCUGGAACCCACAGAGGAGAUUUACCUGACUCCGGUGCAACGCUCGGCAGACCCGUUGGAACCCCCCAGUGUUCAGGACCGGCCUUUUCUCUCACAGCAGACCGAGCAAGGACGCAUGUCCAUAAGCUCCGACACAGAGGGACCACCUCCUUAUCAGCCCCUCCCAGAUCGGACCAACCCCUCUAUUUUUGAGGAGGACGAGCUUUAUGUCCCCCCACCUUCGUAUGCUUCCUGUGUAGAAGCUCUCAUCACCCCACCUGACAUGGCUGUUUCAGCACACGGGUCUGUUGCGCUAGACCUCAGCCUGAAGGGGACAGGAGCCGGGGCCAUGCUAAGGGCUGGCUCAUCGGUAGAAUACGUGGACGCCACAGAUGAAAGCUACUGCGGUGAGGAUGAGGAUGUAGACAGAGUAAUGAUGGACGGACGGAUAAGAAAGAUGGGAGGAAAAGGAGAUGUCGGUGGCAAUAAACCGGCCCCUCCAAGGACUACCAUGAGCUCCGAAGCCAGCAGCCUGACAUAUGACUCGGUGAAAUACACCCUAGUGGUGGACGAACACGCUCAGCUAGAGCUCGUCAGUCUCAGACAGUGUUACCAAGGCUACAGCGAUGACAGUGACUCAGCCACAGUCUACGAUAACUGCGUCUCCUCUCCGUACGAGUCGGCAAUCGGGGAGGAGUAUGAGGAAGAAGAGGAAGACGAGGCCCACGGCCCACGGACAGGAGCGGUGCAGAGGGAGGCCACAGCCUGCCUCUCAGAGGACUCAACACCCGAGGAAGACCUGCAUUUCUCCAAGAAGUUCCUCAACGUCUUCAUGAACGGUCGAUCUCGCUCUUCUAGUGCUGAGUCCUUUGGCAUAUAUUCCUGUAUCAUAAAUGGAGAAGAGAAAGAUCAGACCCACAGAGCAGUAUACAGGUUUGUGCCUCGACACGAUGAUGAGCUGGAGUUGGAGGUGGAUGACCCGUUGCUGGUAGAGGUCCAGGGAGAGGAUUACUGGUAUGAGGGCUAUAACAUGCGAACUGGUGCUCAUGGGAUCUUCCCUGCUUACUAUGCCAUCGAAGUGAACAAGGACACAGAGAGCUAUACAGUUAAAAGCAGUGAGUGGAUGGACAGGUACCAUUUGAAGUUCCUUGGGUCAGUCCAAGUGCCCCAUCACAAAGGAAAUGAUGUUCUGUGUGCGGCUAUGCAGAAGAUUGCUAACAAUAGACGGAUGACAGUUAAGUUCAACCCGCCUUCCUUCUGCAUCCUGGAGAUCAGUGUCAAAGGGAUCAAACUGGCAGUUCAAGAGGACUAUUAUGCUUGCGACAGAAGUAACGAAUGCAGUCAUUUCUUCCAACUAAAGAAUGUCUCUUUUUGUGGCUACCAUCCUAAGAACAGCAAGUAUUUUGGUUUUAUUACUAAGCAUCCAGCAGAUCAGAGAUUUGCUUGCCACGUAUUUGUGUCUGAAAACUCUACCAAACCUCUUGCUGAGUCAGUUGGAAAAGCGUUCCAGUUGUACUACAAAGAGUUUGUGGAGUUCUCGUGCCCAACAGAGGACAUUUACCUGGAAUAACCCCGCCUUUGACCCCAGCCUUGUACAGUACACUGUAUCAUAACAUAAAGUUGCAUGAAGAACAAAUACUUAAAAGGGAACCAUAAGAUCAGCUGCUCUAACAAACAAGAGAAGACCUGAUGCCUAUUUGAAUUAGUGCAGGAGCAGCAGAUGGAAUGAGCCAAAGGAGAAGAUAAAUUAUGCAAAUGGUGUGAGUCGAAAGGUAGAGACUAAAUGCAAAGCACAAGCAACGUAUUUCUGCUGCCUCAAAAGCGAUUAUCAGCCUGUAGCAUCAUCUCAGCAGCUCCAUCACAAGAGGACUAGGCUGCUCCGCAUAUCAGUGCGCAUCAAAUUGAGAAAACCAGUGUUUAAUUUCAGAAAGUAGCUUGGUCAAGUUUCUUUGUCUUUAAACAGCCAGGUACAAAAGUAAAAGAUCGGUACACUAUUCAAUCUGUGCAUUAGCUCAAAUAAACACUAGUGUGGUUCAAUGUGUUUUUUUUUAGAAAACCUUGCAUAGGCUUAUAUACACAUGCCACCUUGUGACAUAGCUUUUAAAGCCAGCUAAAUGAUUUUAUCUGAAUCUAUCUUGAUUGGAUUGUUAUCGGUUCACACAGCAUCACACACACCAGAUAAGCCUGUACCAGACCUCUCACCAGUGUAAGUUAACCUGCAGGAAAACGUCUGAAAAUGUGUUUUAGAAUGAGAUGAUCAAUUAAAUAAAUGCCUAUUUGUUAUUCUUGAAUCAUUCAGAUUAAUGGCAACUUGAUUAAAUGGGCUAAUAUGCAAAGGUGUACAGGGUUCAGGUUCCAUGUCUGUUUUGCAAUUUUUAUGGGUGCAGAGAAGACGAAAUAUAUACACUGAUCUCUAUGUCCAUAACAAAGAAAAAUAUCUUCCAGGUUCUGUUGUCACACUGUGUAGUCAGCAGAGUAAUCACCAUCUUCAGUAGAUGAGUUGUACUAAAAAAAAGAUUUAACAUAAACAAAAUCAAGUGCACUGUGCAUUGACUGUCUGCAUUAAAGAAAGUGCUUUGGCUGGAACUGCAGAACAAAGCGGACAAGACCACAUCUGGUUUCCUGUAAAGUCAAUGUUUUUUUGGGUUUUCUUUCUGAUCUUGCCGGAUGCCAAACACGCAGCUAAUUUCAAUGUGACUAAACCUGUUGUCUCUGGUGGUUGCAAAAGAAUAGAUGACGUCUAAGAUGUGAUUGUCAUCUUCACUAGUAGUGCCUGUUUUGCAUCAGUUCAUUGGAAACUUUCUCAGUAAACAUGUUGCCCCACAGAGUGUGUUUAGUUUACAGGUUUGACUGCAAAUUAAGAUGUAGAAAUGUUUUGCUGUAACUGGCUCUUUAUACCGUUGCAUUACAUUUGCCGUACAAUAUCAUGGCUGUUGAAUUCAAGCGUAAUCAUUGAUAGAAUUCACAAAAUAGACGGUUUCCACCUAUUGGCUCCCUUUAGUGCCAACAGUAGUUAGGAACGUUUCACUUAAGACACAAACAGAAAUCGCCCAGAGGCAAUCUUACAGCAUAUUUAAACUGCAGACGCCAUAGAUCACAAUACAGGAAACAAAACCAACGUUAAAUACUUUUGGACUGAAUAGAUUGUGAUGUUCACAAAAGCUAUUGGUAUAAAGAUAUGUGAAAUGUUUUUAUUUUUAUUUCUUUAUUUAAUUUGCUUGUCUUUUAGCCAAGGUUCCACAGAAGGAUGUGGAAUUACCAUAACACACCUAUUUCUGAAUGACAUCCAAAAACAUGGUCCCUGUAUGAAAAAGAUUAAAUGUAGAACUAUUCCAAUCUUCUGAUGUAAAAUGCAAUAAAAUAAUACAUUUCAUUUUAAUAUUUGUUUGCUACAUCUUGGCAGUGAAGACUCAAUUUGAUUUGAUCAAAAUAUUCCUUUUUCCCUUCUCAUUUGACAUGAUGAGUCUGUUUGGAGCUAUUCAUCGACAGAAUACACAGCCAGAGUUCAUUUAUUUCACUUUAUUUAGCUAAUUUUUCAGCAUAGCAAGAGCAGCGUGAUUUUGCCAAAUGAAAAAUUUAUUCUUUCUGCAUCUUGUCUAAUUUGAUUGGUUUACAUAUUAAUAUCUGCAUUGUAUAUUUUUACAAAGCAGAUUCUGGAGUAUAUAAAGCAAUUCAAAAAGCAUUUAGUAUUUUUGUAACUCGGCAAAAGAGAUCUGUUCAAAUGGUAGAGGGACAAUAUGUGUAUGUUUGAAGGAACUUUAGCUAUAAACAAUAAAUUGCUAAGAUGGUGAUAUAAGAAAAUGAAUAAGACUGCACAUGCUUUUCAGUUGUACAAUUAGAUGAAAGGAAAUGUGUUAGUCCUUAAGAAUUCAAAUAAACUUAACUCCAAGAACCACAGAAAGAAAGGAACCACAGCCAUGGCUAAUCCUCAGGAUUCCACUUUUCCUAGAAAUAGAAGCAACCACAGGCAUGAGGCAGGCAAAAAAAAAAAGAUUUUUUUUUUUUCAAUUUUCUACUAGGACAGGUAAAACUUUCCAGUCAUCCUGAGGGCAAACAUUUUUGGUAAGUUUGACUGGAAAUGUCAGUGCAGGCAGAUCCCAAAAUCUCGACCUGGCACGGUGUUGCACCUAAAAAGGUUUAUUGUAAAAUAAAGGUGAAGAAAACAUAAGAGCCCCGGAUGAGCAUAUAAUUGUGGCUUAUUCAGCUUUUAAUUAGUUUGCAUGUAUUGAAUCGUCUUUAACUGAUCCCAAAAUUUCUGGUUUUUGCACCACACCUUUUAAUGUUUCUCUUUCACAAUACAUGGUGGAAGCACAGGGGUAGAGCGUACAACCCAUGUUCAGACCUCGACAUGGCCGUCCCCAGGUUCGAAUCCAGGCCUGUGGACAUUUGCCGCAUGUCUUCCCCCGCUCUCUCAACAACAUCAUCAGCUUGCUUCCAAAUAAAGGCUAUAGUAGUUUCUUUGGUAGGUCCAAACUAAAAAUACACAUAGUGAAGGGCCUUGCUGACCAUUGCAGAAAACCAAACAAAGCCAUUUUUAUUUAGUAAAUCCUGCUUUUAGCAUACAGUUCUAACAGCAAAGUGACAUUGUGAAAUGAACUUUUAUUCUCUCUACAUCUUGUCUAAUUUAGAAUUUACAUAUUAGUUGAUGUACUUUGUAUUUUACAAAAGAAAAAAAUUAUAUUAAGGAAAUCUAAACAAUUGAAGAUUACUGAAACUCUGUCCAGCUUACUGGUUAGAUUCCCCAAGUUUUGUCACUUUCAGAGUAAAUUUCAGCUUUUUUUAUUAUUAUUAUAGUGUCGACAUCGAGAGCUCAAGACUUUCUUUUGCCCAAACUUUUUUUCAGGAGCCAGUCAUGGUAAAACGAGGUUUACUGCAGUGGAAACGAUGACAAGGAUGUACAAAAAUGCCAUAUAUAAAUAGUAAUGUAAUAUUUGUAAUUAUGAAGAAUAUAUUGUACUGUCUAAUGUGUUGUAUGUGAAAUUUCUUUUUUUGUCUUUGAUCUGUUCAGCUGUGAAUUAUUCUUGAUUUAAAACUAUCAAAGCAGA